CCACCAGGAGAGAGAAGGAAAACAGAGAGACAGGCACGGCACAGUACGCGUGUGGCGGGAAGCCCCCUCCCUGUUCUGUGUGGGGUUUUCAUUUAUGCAAAACACAAACCACACUCUUCACUUUCACUUUCCCGUUUUACAAUGUACAAACUAUUUACUACUCGAAACGUCGUCGUUUCAUUCCCUUGCUUCCGUUCCCUUUCUCUCUUCCUUCACACUCCUUCUCCAUCUUCUUACAUUUCUUUCCUUCCCUCUCGCUUCCUCCGAAUUAAUGGACGCGUAGAGAAGAUAUCAUGUUUUAAAGAUAGGAAAGCUUUAAGGGGGAGCAGUAAAGUGGUCAAGAAGGUCAGAGUAUCAAGUAAUGCUUUAGAUGAUAAAGAUCUUUCUCACAUAUUAUGGUGGAAGGAGAAGUUGCAGAUGUGCAAAAAGCCCUCAACAGUGCAUCUAAUUGAAAGGCUUGAAUAUUCAAAUUUGCUUGGCAUGGAUUCUAACUUGAAAAGUGGAAGCCUGAAGGAAGGAACACUUAACUGGGAAAUGUUGCAGUUCAAGUCGAAAUUCCCGCGUCAAAUUUUACUUUGCAGAGUUGGGGACUUCUAUGAAGCUGUUGGAAUAGAUGCUUGUAUUCUUGUUGAAUAUGCGGGUUUAAAUCCCUUUGGCGGUCUGCGAACAGAUAGCAUCCCCAGAGCUGGUUGCCCUGUUGUGAAUCUUCGACAAACUUUGGAUGAUCUUACACAUAAUGGUUAUUCUGUGUGCAUUGUGGAGGAAGUUCAGGGCCCAGCUCAAGCUCGAUCCAGGAAACGCCGUUUUAUAUCUGGGCAUGCUCAUCCAGGAAAUCCCUAUGUAUAUGGACUUGUUGGGGUUGAUCACGAUCUUGACUUUCCCGAACCUAUGCCUGUAGUAGGCAUUUCUCAUACGGCAAGGGGCUAUUGCAUUAAUAUGGUCCUAGAGACCAUGAAGACAUAUUCUUCAGAAGACUGCUUGACAGAAGAAGCAGUUGUUACCAAGCUUCGAACUUGUCAUUACCAUCACUUAUUUCUGCAUACAUCUUUGAGGAGGAAUUCUUGUGGAACGUCUAGUUGGGGAGAAUUUGGUGAAGGGGGCCUCUUGUGGGGAGAAUGUAGAUCCAGACACUUUGAAUGGUUUGAUGGCAACCCUAUUUCUGAUCUUUUGGUCAAGGUAAAAGAGCUUUAUGGUCUUGAUCACGAUGUUAUGUUUCGGAACGUAACAGUGUCUUCGGGAAAUAGGGCUCAACCUUUAACUCUUGGAACAUCUACUCAAAUUGGUGUCAUUCCUACAGAUGGAAUACCAUCUUUGUUGAAGGUCUUACUUCCACCACAUUGCACUGGAUUACCAAUACUGUAUGUUAGGGAUCUUCUUUUGAACCCUCCUUCCUAUGAGAUUGCAUCCAAAAUUCAAGCAACAUGUAAACUUAUGAGCAGUGCAACAUGUUCAAUUCCAGAAUUUACAUGUGUCUCUUCAGCUAAGAUUGUAAAGCUACUUGAAUGGAAGGAGGCCAAUCAUAUUGAACUUUGUAGAAUAAAGAAUGUUCUUGAUGAAAUUUUGCACAUGUACAGAACCUCUGAGCUCCAAGAAAUAUUGGAACAUUUAAUUGGUCCCACAUGGGUGGCUACUGGGUUAGAAAUUGACUUCAAAACCUUGGUUGCUGGAUGUGAAGUCGCGUCAGGUAAGAUUGACGAAAUAAUAUCUCUGGAUGGUGAGGAAGAUCAGACAGUCAGCUCCUUCGCAGUUAUUCCCGAUGAAUUUUUCGAGGAUAUGGAGUCUGUAUGGAAAGGUCGAAUAAAAGCAAUCCACAUAAAUGAUGUACUUACUUCUGUGGACGAAGCAGCCAAGGCCUUGCAUUUAGCAGUUACUGAAGAUUUCACUCCUGUAGUUUCUAGAAUAAAAGCUUCCAUAUCUCCACUUAAAGCUCCUAAGGGAGAAAUAUCUUAUUGUCGGGAGCAGGAGGCAGUGUGGUUCAAGGGUAAACGCUUUAUACCGAAUAUAUGGACUGGUAGCCCCGGAGAGGAACACAUUAAACAACUUAAGCAUGCUUUAGAUUCUAAAGGCAGAAAGGUAGGCGAGGAAUGGUUUACCACUGUGAAGGUGGAUGAUGCAUUAUCAAGGUACCAUGAAGCAAAUGCCAAGGCAAAAACUAGAGUUUUAGAACUUCUAAGAGGACUUGCUGCUGAAUUGCAAUCCCAUAUAAACAUCAUUGUCUUUUCUUCUACAUUGCUUGUGAUUACCAAAGCUUUAUAUGCUCAUGUGAGUGAAGGGAGAAGGAGGAAAUGGGUUUUUCCUACAAUAGUAGAAUCCCAGGGGCUUGAGGAUGGGAAGCCGUUGGACAAAAACCGUGAGAUGAAGAUAGUUGGUUUAUUACCAUAUUGGUUCAACAUAGCAGAAGGAGGCGCUGUGCAUAAUACUGUUGAUAUGCAAUCAUUGUUUCUAUUGACAGGACCAAAUGGUGGUGGUAAAUCAAGUUUGCUUCGGUCAAUUUGUGCUGCUGCACUACUUGGGAUAUGUGGACUUAUGGUUCCUGCUGAAUCAGCUCUGAUUCCAUAUUUUGACUCCAUCAUGCUUCACAUGAAGUCAUAUGAUAGUCCAGCUGAUCACAAAAGUUCAUUUCAGGUGGAGAUGUCUGAACUUCGAUCCAUCAUUGCUGGAACCACCAAAAGGAGCCUUGUGCUUGUUGAUGAAAUAUGCCGAGGAACAGAAACUGCAAAAGGGACUUGUAUUGCAGGCAGCAUCAUUGAAACUCUUGAUAGUAUUGGUUGUCUAGGUAUUGUAUCUACUCACUUGCACGGAAUAUUUACCUUGCCGCUUAACAUCAAGAACACUGUUCACAAAGCAAUGGGCACCACUUGCAUUGAUGGACAAAUAAAACCUACUUGGAAGCUGACAGAUGGUAUCUGUAAAGAAAGUCUUGCUUUUGAAACUGCCAAGAGGGAAGGAAUUCCUGAGAUUGUUAUCAAAAGAGCUGAAGAUCUUUAUCUGUCAGUUUAUGCUAAGAAACUGCUUUCUGCAGAAAAUUUUGUCAAGCAGGAAGAAUUUUCUACUUACAUCCAUGUUAAUAAUUUGAACGGAACACAUCUUCAUUCCAAAAAGUUUGUAUUGGGAACUUCUAAUGAGGGAAUCUCUUUAGCUAAUUCAGUGGAAGUUUCACAUACACAAGUUGAGAGUGCAAUCACUGUAAUAUGCCAGGAUUUUGUAACGGAACUCCAAAGGAAAAAUAUGGCAUCAGAGUUUACGAAGAUAAGGUGUUUCCGAAUUGGCACUAGGGAAUGGCCACCUCCGAUGACUAUAGGCUCUUCAAGCGUCUAUGUGAUGUUAAGACCAGAUCAGAAACUCUACGUAGGAGAGACGGAUAAUCUCGAGAAUCGAAUUCGUGCACAUCGGUCGAAGGAAGGGAUGCAGGAUGCAUCAUUCGUUUAUUUUCUAGUUCCGGGAAAAAGCAUGGCAUGCCAAAUAGAAACUCUUCUCAUCAACCAACUCCCGAAUCAAGGUUUCGUAUUAAGCAAUAUUGCUGAUGGUAAACAUAGAAAUUUCGGCACAUCCAACCUGUAUGUGUAACUACAUAUCAUAAACAUUGACAAUCUUUACCUCAGAAUAUUAUUUUGGUAGGUAAAUACAACUAACGAUUUUAAUCAUCUUCUAAGCUUAGGAAGCAAAGUCUGCAGCAUUUUUGUUAGAAUUAGUUGCUGCAGGUGCGAUUAUGUCAACAUUGACAAAUGUAGAAAUUUUUGUAUUAGCUUAAUAGUUUGUAAGUACAUAUUAGUUGGUAGACUCUAUUCCUUAAAGAAUGUUGUCUAUUGUGGACUUCCCUCUCGAUUCAACAUAUUUUAAAGGGUAUUUAUUAAUACAGCUUGUUACUUGUUAGCUCCACACAACAUUCA